CUAGAUUUUUUUAUUUUGAUGUUUUAUUUUUCCUAUUAUAUUGUAUGUUUGACCCAUUAAGGCACGGAGGAAGAAAUACCAUCUCUAAGGCAAUUUAUCAUUCUGAACUAAAAUAAUAUGCUGCAGGGAGAGUGAGAGAUAACAUACAAUCUCCCCUACAUUUUUGUUAUUAUAGGUUAUUUUUACUGUUUUUGCCGUUUGGGUUCUUGGAUUAUGUUGCUUAGCUUUGUGUUUUAAUUGUGUAUGCUGUCCAAUCUCACAUACAUGAGGUGGACAGCUAUAUAAAUUCAAAAACUAAGUAAACAAAUACAAGACUAGGAAUCAGAGAAAAAGCAAGCACUAAGGAACCUAUUGGCUAAAAGUGACCUAAAUAAGGCAGAACAAUGUUGGGGAAGCAGAAUGCAAGCAACUAAUACCACUGAGCGUGUGCAAAGUGCUACAGUUCUGAUGAACCAUCACCAAGUUUGGGAUUAAAAAACACAAUUUCUAGGGAGAGAUGGGCCUAUAAUAAUUGGCGGAGAGAUACACGUCCUGUGGUCAGAUGUAGUUGCUAAGCAACCGCCCGUGGACGGAUACGAGAGAAAGAAGGAAGCCGCCGGAACUAUGUAUCUCUCGCGGAAGAAUAACGCUGGUUUUUCUCAACGUUCGCGGAAGAAUAUUGGCGCACUGAACCGGGAACUACCUAUUCUCAGUCCCGCAAAACAAUACCUGAGCAGCGGAGUCCUGAAAGCCUAUAAGAACCUCGCUUACGGAAGAAAUACUCCGGGCCCAGCCUCACGUAAAGUAGAAGGACACAAUGGAUUUGGUGAUGGGGAUGGACGUUGGCGCUGAAAUCGAAGUAACCGAAGAUGGGGACCUGGAAGAACUGCCUCUGCAUUUGGAAAACGUCCAGAAUUGCCUCUGCUUGGAAUCCGUGGACAUCUCCAGCAGCGAUGAUGAUGGGGAAUCCCAUCUGACCUUCUUCUUGCCCGUCAGACGGCCUCCACGCCCCGCCCAGCGCCGCUCGAUUCACCGCCCCACCGCCGCUGCGAAAUUGUCUGCUUCUCAAAAAUGGAUCCCUCCCUUGUUCCCUUGCCCUUUACGCCCCGGAGGCCCGUCCCCUGCCGGGAUACCGGCCUUCGGGGCCUAUCAGUGCCAGAAGUGCCUGCAGGUUUUCAUGGAGGAAUGGCACUACACCCAGCACCUGCAGGACCACGCUCAGGAGGAAGAGCAGCUGGCCCAGCUGCACGCAGCCCAGCACCCCGCCCGUCCCCCGUCCCCACCCCGCAAACUCCGCUGCCUCGAGUGCGGCAAACGGUUCCUGCAGCCGGAGCAAUUUGCACGGCACACCAAGUGGCACCUGAAGCUGGUGCGCCUGGGCAUUAAAGUCCAUCACAGGAAGGCGAGUUGGCGGUCUUCCCAAGUGUCGUAUGUUUACCAGCCUCUCGGCGGCACGAGGAAUCCUCUGGAAGGAAACGAUGGGGCUGACCUCCCGGUCGUGCAGGAGAUUCUGAGCCAGCCAGCGGGCCUGCAGGUUCCCAAGCCUCCGAGGACGGGCAGGCGCAAAGCCGUCAAGCACCAGAAGAGGAAGAGUGCUGAGAGGUGGCAGCCGCAGGAGCUGUUCAGCUCCACUCAGGCCGGGAACUCCAUGGCCGUCCUCGAUGGGGCCACCGGGGUCCACCUUCUGCAGCCUUGGCAGAAGCAGGAGGGAGUCCUGGAAGGCCAGGUGGCGGGGGGUCUCUUCCAACCGACGGUCAUGAGUGCCGAAAACCAGAUUAUCAUUCUGGACGGCGACGAGGCGGAGGCUGUGCCUGUGGCUCCCGAGCGGCAUUACACCGAGCUGCAGACCACCGUCUUUGACAGCCAGGGGACCACGGACGCCAUGCAGCCGGUGUUCCUAAGAACCGAGGAGCCGGCGGUCGUCCUGGAUCCUCCCGCUGGCACGAGUCCUCUGCAGGCUGGUGGAGUCAAGGACCAGGCAGCCGUCGUCCCCGGGUGGGGCGGCCAGAACCCGUGUACCGUGUACAGGACGGUGCUUCUCCAGGCGGAGGAUCAGGCAGCUGUGGUGGACGGCCAAACGGAGCCCGGUCCUUUCCAGCAAGUGAUCAUUAAGACUUCUGAGGUCUCCCCCACCUUCUACCUGGAUCCUCAGAUUUCUUCGCUGGACCCAACCGCCUUCCAUUUGGUCCCCGAGCCUCAGUACGUCACUUUCCCUUACGGGAAUUCCUUGCCUCUGGACCACAGCGAGGCCACCGAGGAAGGAGAAAAGGCUUGGGAGUCUCAGGCGGCCAGCUUCUGUUUACCCAGUUUGUACCAGGCAAACAAGCAGCAGCCCUCUCCCGUGGCAACCGCCAGUCCCAAAAGCCCCGUGGUGGUGCGGCUGCUGCCGUGCCCUGAAGGGGACCAUCCCGAGGUCUUGGAUCUGGAGUACGACACCGGAGGUGGCAUCCCGGUGGCCUCGGAGCCCUGGGAUGUCAACUUGCAGGCAGAGCAAGAGACCCCCAGUCUCAAGGCGUCGUCAGACGAUGCCUUCAUUGUGGUGGAGAUGGAGAGCGAGACGGGCCAGCAAGGCAUGGUGGUGAGCGAGCACCACCACCGCCCCCGGCCACGGACCUUCCGGCGAGGCAGAAAGCUGCCCCCUCGCAACAGCAGCAUCUGGCGCUUUAAGUGCCCGGACUGCGGGGUCUGCUACAGCCAGCUCUCCCAGCUGCGCUCGCACCAAAAGGGGCGGAAACGCCGGGGGCGGCGCUUCCUGUGCGAAUGCGGCUCUUCCUUCCGGGGCUUGCUCCACCUGCUGCGCCACCAGCUCCAGCACCUGGAGGAAGCCCUCUUUAUUUGCUCCACCUGCGGGAAGUCGCUCCAAGGACACGCCGGCUUGCAAAGGCACAACACCUGCAAUCCCGGCCUGGCUCAUUUCAGCUGCCCUUGUGGCGAACACUUCCAACGCUUGUCCCGUUACCUCUGGCAUCACGUCAGAAGCCAGCGGCCCGGCUUGCGAGUGUACACGCUGGCUGGGUUCCUCUCCUCCCCCUAAGGUGGGUGGGCAGGUGUGGCCUGCUGAAGGGAGGGGGAGGGUUCAGUGGAGGAGAUUGGUUGGCUGAUGGUUGCUGUCUGAUGUUUCUUGAGUUUCCCGCAAUGUAAUUAUAAAGAUGGUCAUUAAAGAGCUGAAAUCCUG